AGGAAAUAUGGAGACUUAAGUGAAGAAGCUGCCUUUGCAUUGGCCUUUUAGCAAAUAGGCUUCAUAUAGCAUAUGAAAAAUUAACUAAAUCUGGUAAAUUUGAAGUUAAACAUGCUAUCUAUUUGUAAAUGUUUCAGUAGCUACCCUUUAGGUCAUAUAUAGGAAUAUAAAUGUGUUCUUACCUUACAUUAGCUCACAUUUGGUGACCAAUUCCAUAAUGAUCCUAAUGAAGAUGAAGUGUGUAUAGCUUCAACCAUAUAAUUAUCUUCCUUCUAUUUCCUUCCUUCUAAGAGUUUUCCUUUGGUCUGCCAACACUGGAACUGUAGAGCAUGCUACAGAGCAUAGGUGUACUGGGCUUUAAAUACUUCUCUUUCUGGAGCUGAUGCAUCCUGGCACUAGCUCUAGAUACUGCAUCCUUUCUUGGAGGAGCUUUCACUUGCAGCUUUUUCACUUGGGUGCGUAAAAUCCUUCUUCCAGUUGCUACUGAAUUGAUCCAGAAAAGGUAGGCUGCUUUCUUCUUGGGAAUUCUUGCACGUGGUCUUUGGCUCACUGUCUGUCCUGCAUAUUUGUCUGGAGGAAGAGCCCAUGUGAGCUGUUGUUUGAUAUUUACCACUAAGAGGCAUCUGACUGAAGAGAGGCUUCAGAACAGCUUUGCUUUGUGGAUAUCUUUAUGAAGUGUUUCACAGUAAGCUAAUGGUAACUUCCUAAAGCUUAAUCUAUCAAAAGAAGGUGAUGAGAGUGGGAACUGCUUAUCCCACUUUCUGGUCAUAGCAUUUAUAUAUGAGUAAUUAUUUUUCUUUCUCCUUCUCAAAGAGCCUAACAUGUUUCAUGUUCUGUGUUACAAAAAGUGCAUCCCAACUUAUCUUGUUCUUUUAUAGAUUUUAAAGAAUAAGGAAGCCUCAGUGCGUAAGGCAUAUUCAGAUCUAAUGGCACAGCAAAAUAGCACAAUUGGUGAGAACCUAAAACUCAUGGGAAAGGUAAAAACACUUGAGGAGAUGUUGGUAGACAUGAAAAAACAAAAAUCCGAAGCAGAAGAGGAGGUCCUGAAAGUGAAGGAAGCUGCAGAAAAAGAGCAGAAGCAGCAGCAAAAGGGCAUGGAAGAAAUGUGUCUUCAGAAGACCAAGGCUGAGCAAGAGGCAAAACGGUGUCGUACAGAUCUAGAGAGCAUUGUAAAAGAGAAAGCAGAUGCAGAGCAGGAGCUGGAGUGUGUAAGACAGCUCAUUUUGCAGGGAGAGACUCAAAGAAACAUCCUGAAAGAAAAGCUCCAUGCUUUUCAAAAGCAAAUGGAAGAAAUCACCUUUACCAGAAGAAACCUUGAAGAGCAUCUAAGAAGAGAAGGUAGUAAUCCUUGUGAUUUAGGACAACAAAAGAAAACCUUAGUGCAGGAGCUGAGGAAGAAAACAGAAGUAGAAGAGAAACUUAGGAAGCUGAUAAACCAAAUGGAACAAGCCCUUGAAUUUAAAGGGAGUCUGUCAGAACUAAGAAAAGAAGGCAGGCAUCCUGUACCUAGAGAAACUUCCCUGCCAACUUUCACAGCUGGGCAAGGCAGCCAGCAUAGGAGUGAUUGUGACAUGACAAGUUUCCAGAAGAAACAAGAGCUCCAAGAAUUAGAAGAGCUUAAACAGGAGGUAAGUGAGCUAACACUUGCUAACAAAAAAGCUAAUAAGACUAUUAAAGACCUGAAAUAUGAAUUGAAUGAAAUUGAGCUUCAGAAAUCAUCAACAGAAGAAGUGUCUUGUUUAUUCAAAGAAAAAAUAGAUCAAGUCAACAGUGAACUUAAAUGCUUGAAACUUAAGUUGGAGGAAAAAGAGCAAGCAGAGCAGCAAUAUUUGCAGCAGUUGAAAGACAUGGGCAAGCAGUUACAAAGAAUGACAGAUAAAGCUGAAGAAACGAUGCAAGAAGCUGUAAACCUUAAGAAAAUUAAGAUGAACUAUGAGGAGGAGCUGAAAACUCUUCAUCAGGAAAAGGCACAGCUAAAAAGAGAAGUAGAGAAAUUAACUGCAUCACAGGUGAAAACUGAAAUCACUAUCAAACAUUUAAAUUCUCAGAUGAAUUGUCUUCAGAAAGAGAAGCUGGAGGCUGGACGCAGAGCAGAGUUGUGCAAACAAGAAGCAAAUAAUCUUCAAGAUCAAUGUAAGAAAAUUCAGGAGGAGCUGCUUCAAAAAACAAAAGUAGAGAAAGAAAACCUGCGGGAAAUUCAGAUGCUGAAGCUUGAAUUGGACAGAAGCAGUCAGACAUCAGAGACACGUAAAAGGAAGAUAGAGGAGCUUAUUAAGGAGAAUACUGAAACUAAACUAAGUAUGACAGAGAAGGUGACUCUUGAAAAACAAAGCAUCCAGGAGGAAAAUGAUACAUUAAAAGGCCUAGCAGAUGGUUUCAGAGAGCAGCUGCGUAUAACAAAUGAACAAUUGCACAAGCAAACAAUAAUGGAGCAAAAAUUCAUAGGUAAAAUCAAAAGCCUGGAAGCUGAUCUAGCAAAAGCAAAAGAUUUAGCCAGUGAAUAUAAACAAAAAUGUGAUAAACAGAGUGCUUCCACCCUGAACAUGGACCAGAAGGUGAAAAAUCUAACUGUUCAAAUUAAUGCUCUGACUGCAGAAAAGAGAGUGAGUGAGCAGAAGAUAAAACUACAACAUGAUCAUAUACAAGAGCUAAGUAAUAAACUAAACAAAUUACAGGAUGAGCUCCACCAAAAGACUCUGGAUGAACAAAUGGCAUGCAAGAAGAUGAUUCUGUUUCAGGAAGAGUCUAUUAAGUUUAAACAUUCUGCAGAAGAAUUCAGGAAAAAGGUUGAAAAGUUACUAGAAUCUCAUAGCAUCACAGAAAAGGACAUUUCAGACAUAAAGCUGGAAUGUAUUGCUCUUAAGCAGGAGAAGCAUAUGGCUGAGGAAAGCAUAAUGUUGUACAAGAUACAAGUGGAAGAUCUGCAAGAAAGGCUUAAAAAAUGUCAUGAACAGCUGCAGCAAGGGAAGCAGACUGAAAUGGACUACCACCAUAGGUGCAGGAAACUUGAGGAAGAGUUGGCAGUGCAGCAACGCAUGGUUGAGAGCUUGAAACAGAAAAUGGACCUGCAGGUCAAGGACAGUCAGCAAAGGUUUCUUUUGCUUCAGAAUGAAGUUCAGCAAAAUAACAGACUAGAAGGUUCUGAGUUUAAGUUGAGCUGUGAGAGAGGUAGGAAUGAAUUCAAUUACCCAAGUGUCACCACAACUAGAGAGUUUGAACAGCUUCCCCCACAUGCACAGCCUAGCUCACCUUUGUUAAGGCAUAAAAAGGAGAGAUCAGGUUUUAAAUCUGAUGAAAUAGAAGAAAAUACCUUGUAUGUGAGUGCUGAUGAUACACUGCCGAGGGAGGUGCAGUUCCAGAUGUCAAGAAUAAACCAGUCACUGGAAGAAGAUGCAAGCCCACAAUCUUUCACAGAGUUUGUUUCUCAAACAAGUACACAGUUCCAGAUAACUUUUGAUAAAGCAAGUCAAAUCUCUGCGACAUCUGAAAGGGAUAAACUGAGAAACAUGAACCUACACAGUUCCAGACAAACUAUUAGACAUGGAGAAGACACAAAACAUGAAUUGGAGAUGGUGAGGAACAAGCAGUAUGGCAUGCGUGUCGAAGUCACAACACUAAACCAAGAGCAUGACAGGAUUUUUGAGAAUGAAGAGAGAAUGUUUGAGGGAUACAAACCAUCCAGAGGGUUUAGGAAUAAAGACUUUGCAAUGAUGAGUUCUUCCUUAGAGGAAGAGGUUUUGAAACCUGUUGGUGAUGCUACUCAGUUGGAAUGUUUUACAGAGGAAUAUGAUGAUAUUAAAUUUCAAGGUCUCCGACGUGAUGUAACUGCCAGGCAGUUGACUGAGGUUAAACUUCUAGACAGGCUGACAGUUGAGCAGCUUCGUUCAGGGCAGAAAACUAUUGAUGAGAUUCAGAGAAGUCUGGAAAAAUAUUUAACUAAACCUACAGCUAUUGCUGGGCUCUACCUUGAAUGCAGCAAAGAGAUAGUCUCUUUUGCUGCUGCAGCAAAAAGGAGAAUAGUGGGGAAAGCAUUGGCUGUAGCAUUUUUAGAGGCCCAAGCAGCUACUGGUUUCAUCAUUGAUCCCACAACAGGGCAGAAAUUCUCAGUUGAGGAUUCAGUUGUUAGGGGGCUUGCAGAUGUUGAGUUUAAGAGCAGGCUGCUUGAGGCAGAGAAAGCCACUGUGGGCUACUGCUGUUCUGGGAGAGUGAUCUCUGUGUAUCAGGCAAUGGAAGCUCGACUCUUGGAAAGACAGAAAGGUAAAAGUAUCCUUGAGGUUCAGAUUGCAAGCGGAGGAGUAGUUGAUCCUGUAAGAAGCGUCCGUGUGCCUGCAGAAACCGCUGUGCAGCUCGGCUUGCUUAGCAACACAGUUCUGAAGUUCUUGCAUGAACCUUCCAGUAACGCAAAACGCUUUCACAACCCCAGCAAUGGGAAAGCUGUGUACUACUCUGAUUUGCUGAAAAUGUGUGUCUUCAGUGCAAGCACUAAGUGCUUUCUGCUUCCACUCGGGGAAAGGAAAAUCAGCAGCCCAUCAGCAGAGAAAAGUCACAAAAUUUCUGUAGUAGAUGUCAAAACAGGAGCCGAAAUGACUUCGUAUGAGGCUUAUAAGAAAAACUGUGUUGAUAAAACUACCUACCUUGAGCUUUCAAAACAGGAGUUUGAUUGGAAGGAGUCUACUUGUUUUGACUCAGAUGGGCAUUCUUUUCUUCUGGUUACAGAUCUUAAAACAGGUAUACAGUUUAAUAUCGAGGAGGCCUUGGCUCAGAGCAGAAUUGACAGAGCGUUGGUCAGUAAUUAUAAGGAGGGUUUAAUCACAAUUAAUGAGCUUGUUGACAUUUUAGUUAGUAGUUCACAGCCAAAUAAAGAUGCAAACAGUCCCAUUGCAGGCUUCUGGCUUUCUGAUACCAAUGAAAGAAUUCCAGUCUUAAAAGCCUCGCGCAAGAACUUGGUAGACAGAGCUACAGCUCUUCUCUGUCUUGAAGCUCAGGUAAGUACAGGAGGCAUAAUUGAUCCGUUUACUGGGAAGAAGUACAGUGUUUCAGAAGCCUUGCAAAGAGAGUUAAUUGAUGAUGGUUGUGCCAAGCAAAUCCAGCAGUGUGAACUGAUCUUCACUGGGAUCAUUCACCCUGUAAGGAACACUGUUAUGUCAGCUGUUGAAGGUAUGCAUUUAAAUAUCAUAGACAGAGAAAUGGGCAUGCGCUGCCUGGAGUAUCAGUACUUGACUGGUGGGUUGAUAGACCCAAAGUCUCAUUCCAGAUUAACGUUGGAAGAUGCAAUCAAGAGUGGUGUUGUUGAUGCUGCCACAGCUACAAAGAUAAAAGAUGAAGAAUUGUACAUUAAAGGUUUAAUGUGCCCCAAAACGAAGAAGAAACUAACCUAUAAAGAAGCUUUAGAGAGAGCUGUUUUUGAUUGCCAUACUGGACUGAGAUUGUUAGAAGCAGCUCAGCCCAUGAAAACAGGCAUUUCCAGUCUUUACUAUAAUUCAUAAUGAAACAAAGAUAGCAGUACUUGGUUUGGGUGCUGCUUUGAAAUCCAUUCAGGCCAAGGAAAAUAUCUAUGGUGACCUUUAUGGAGAAUCACAAAUGGUGUUUCCUAACACAAUCAUGAGCUGCUGUAAAACUUGUUAGCACAAACCACUAACUACAAUUGGAAUGAGAUACUGCUUGUUAGGAAGCUGAAAUCUGUAGGUAAACUUGAGCAGAUAAAAAGUUCAAAAUACAGACUGUUCAGUUUUUACCUGAAA